AUGCGCGCCCACCGGAGCCACGCCUGGGCCGCCAUAGGUCUGGGGUCCGACGACAUGCCCGGCGCCCUGGUGCUGAUGAUGUACGACAACCACGACGAGACCAACGUCACCUUCUCGCCGCGCAUCGCCCACGGCCACCGCGAGCCCGAGUACUUCCCGGCCAUGGACUACGAGAUCUACUCGGGCACCGGCAUCUACAACGAGCACAUGGUCGUCGCCGGCCGCUGCCUGAGCAACUGCCUCAGCUGGCCGCUCGGCGAGGACGGCAGGCAGAGGGGGGCCAUAGACGUCUCGUCGCAGUCCCAGGGCGCCAUGUACGCCCUCGGCCCCCUCGCCGGCUUCAACAGCGACCACCCUCGCUCGAGCGUCCAGUACCACGUCCAGUACGGCUCCUUCAGCAUGAACAUGUCCGAUGCGAGGGGCGCCACCGCCCCGCUCAGCGUCGACCUCGCACGCCAGAGGGCCAAUGACGGCACGGAGCUCACGGCCAGGUUCAUACGCAAGGCCGACGUGCUGGCCACCGUACACGCCGUCUGCAUGGUCAUGGCCUUUGUCCUCGUCAUGCCUCUCGGUGCUGUCAUGCUCCGUCUGGGCCACGCCGUCCGCUGGCACGCCCUCACCCAGUCGUCGGCCAUGGUCGUUGUCAUUGUGGGAUUCGGCGUCGGCGUCGCCACCUCUCUCAGAUACCAGAGGUCGCGCGGCUUCGACUCCUACCACCAGAUCCUCGGCAUCAUCAUCACCAUCUUCGUCCUCGGCCAAUUCUGCCUGGGCUUCUACAAUCACCGCCUACCCCCGCCACGACGGCGGACCCUGAUCAGCAAGGCACACCCUUGGGUCGGCCGAUUCAUCAUCUUUUUCGGAAUAAUGAAUGGCUUCCUUGGUUUCACCUUUGGCAUGAACCGGCGCUACGCCAUCAUACUCGCCGCCCUCAUCAUAGCAAUGUGCGUCGCCAUCUUCCUCACAAUCGUCGGCAAGCGCUUCCUCACCCGCCGCCGAGAACGUCGCGGCGCCUCCCGCAACAGCGCCCCCCGCUCCAUGCGCGCCUCGCCCAGCGGCCGCCCGUUUGAGCGCCUGCCUACGUACCCUCCCCAUGGCCCGCCGCCCUCCUGGCCCGCACCCGUGCCCGCCCCGGGCUUCGCCGCCCCUCCGCCGGGCCAGCAUGCGUACUACUACCCACCACCACAGCCUCCCUCCCCUCUGGGAGACCAGCAGUCGCCGCAGCACCAGUUCCGCUACCAGUUCCAGCCCCAACAGGGCGUCGUCCUGCACCAGCAACCCGUCGUCCCCGGAACUGCGGGGGCCCCUCCUGCCCCGGAUCAGGCUUACCAGCCGCCGCCGAUGGCGAGCACACAGGCCCCUCGGGAGCUCAUAUGA